AAAACAAUGGUUGAUUAGUUAAGCACAUUAACUCUUUAGCCAUACAAAUUCACUGACUGACGACCUGUAUAAUUGUCUUGAUGCAUCACUGUUUGACUUUAAUUUUUUUCACAACCUAUGAAUUAGAUUGUUUCAGUUGCUGAAGAUACCAUUUCACUUGCAACUUACCAGGAGAGGUGAAAGACAGCUGGGCCCCUGUUUGACACCAUUUAAGUCGUUACAUGUUGACAGCCGUUUGACAUCUCAGCAUGUCUCCCAGUAGGUGGAUAUUUCAAAGUACAAACACAAUUGAAGAAGCGAUCUACUCUCUUGUACUGGUUCAUUAUUGACUUCAUCGACAAGGUGAAUCUCAUGGCAGUACAGCUGUACACUUUGUUCUUGGUGGUAUUUUUGAUUAGGUAUCAUUGCAAUGGAGAAAAUACCACUGCAGCAACAGGUUGCAAAGAUAAAAUAGAAGAAGCGAAAUGCAUAGAUUUCUAUAACAAAAAUCUCUGCUCUCAAAAGUAUCCUGCAGUCCUUGAAAAGUGCCCAAAAACCUGCAACAACUGUCCCACCACCCAGUCUGUCACCACUACAGCAAGACCACCUACUACUACAACAGCUAAUAUUAGCACAAMGCAAGCUAUGGUCAACAUCACCACCAGUGGACCUACGUCAGGAGUAGACGAUCACAAUACACAAACUACUACAGUUCAUACUAUCUCGUCGAAAGCGGGAAAAUCCUUCUCAAGUGGUGCAUCUUUACCAUUGAUUCUUGUCUUAGCGAGAUUGGUUUGGAAUGAAAUAUCACUGGUUAUUGGUGAUUGGUGAUUGGUUUUCCAACAAGACUCAAAGCUGAAGUGAACAAUAUAAUAGAAAUGUUAGCCUCCUCCACAUGCAACUCUUUUUUCCUCCUUUGGGCUUCCUUUGUAACCGUCAUUUUGGCCGUUAGGGACUAGUGACGAGAUAGGAAAAAUAAUCCCAUUUUCUCGCCCCCAUUCUCCCUCUUUUGACUCCUCAAAAAGACAGGAAGCCCGUGAUGAUUCUUAGUGAUGCCUGCGGAGGAGGCUAUAGAAAUGUGUUGUUUCGAUGCUUUAAAGUGCGAAUGAUAUUCUUUCUCAAAGAAACAUGGAAAUAAUAUUUUGACAUUAGCGCUUUUACACUAUCGAGCAUUAUCUGCAGCUUAUAAUUAUUAGUGCUCAAGCAAUUUUUAAGUAAUUCAAUAUUUGGUGCCUGUUGUUGUUGAUGUUGUUGUUGUUGUUGCUGUUGUUAUAAUUGUGUUGUUGAUGUUGUUAUUGUUUUUGCUUCUGUCGUUGUUUCUGUAGUUGUUGCUGUUGUUGUUGUUGAUGAUGAUGAUGUUGUUGUUGUUACGAGAAUUUAUGUCUAGAAUAAAAACAAUCAUUUAAAAACUCGAGUCCUCUGACUUGAACGACGGAAACUCGAAUCUGAGAAGCCGCAAAUCCCCAAGACUCUAUCCAUACAACUCGAAGUAUACUCACACUCAACUCGCGUUCCGACUCGGAAUAGUAAUAGUAAUAGUUGCCAGUCCUUUAAAAUGAAUGAUUCAAUAAUCAAUAAAGAAUUAAUACAAAUAUAGGUAAAUCAUGCAGCUGGCACGAGUUGUUCGUAGCUCGAUUCGCUCACUAUGGGGGUCCAUCUGUGAAGCUCGCCACAGCCUAUAUCGACUAUAUCUAGUCAUGUUAAGACUUGUAUGAAGGAGUUCGAGAGAUGCAGGUAGACGCGAUGUUCAAAUCAGUCCCUCGCUGUACCGUUCUCCUACUUGUGACGUGUUUCUCUCUUGUUUUCGUCGUACAAAAGACGAGUUGCAGCGCGUUGGUCAGUUACGUCCUUGGUUCCCAUGCAGAAAACUGCACGACAGCCUGUGAUGCACAUGGAAWGUCAUGCAUUGAGCGAAGUGCCUUUCCUCGCGAUUCUCUGAACAUUUUUCAUUUACUUAACGUAAAUUGCUCAACGGAUAGCUACACGGACUCGUAUGUGUAUCCAGAUCAACCAAACUUUAUCACAUUGGGUCAAUGGAAAGGCAGAUGUACUGGAUUCAAAGAGAGAUCAUCUGAKGCAAAGACCAAUUGUGACCAGGGAGGAAAUCCAUCGGUCAGGAGGCUUUGUCCUUGUAGAGGCAACACAACAGAACCUACUGCUGUUACAGUGAUUUCAUCUUUGGCAACAAACGCAACAACAGCAAUAUCAACAACUCCGACUACGUCACAAAAAACAACAUCACAAACUCCUAGUCCUACAACUAUAUCAACCGUUUCUCUCGGUAGCAAAGCGUCUGCGAACAUCACACAUGGAAGAAGAAGUCGGAAUUAUGACGGAACUCCUUUCAGUACAUUGGAAAUCAUUCUUGUUGUACUUGUCAUACUUCUAGUUCUCGCAAUGACAACUGGAUUCAUUUUUGUAUACAAGAGAAGGAGUAAUAAUCGAAAAAAGCAGAAAAGCCCAUCUACGACUGUGUCCGCGCAUUCUCAAAUGCGAAAAAAWAGUCAAAGACAAGUACAGAACAACGCUUACAUGGAGACAAUGGUCGACGUUGAUUCUACAAGAAUUCGUUCUACAUCUACUGACUAUCUGUUUGGAGACCAAGUAUUCAACUCGAGCAGUCUUGAUACCAUUGAGGAAAACGCUUGUUAUGAAUCGAUUGAGGACCUGACAGCUCAAAAGAAUCGUUCAGAGUCACUCAAUGUCCUUUAUGAACAGAAUGACGAUACCACUCAAAGAUCGACCAGCAGCACUACGACGAGAAAAUCAGACAACCCCAUAUAUGGCAGUGGCGGGACCGAGUAUGACCCAGUUGUAUUCUUUGCCAUCCCAGAAUAUGGUCCCGUUUACGAUAGUAUAGACAAAGAGGAAAUCGUUUCUUAGAAGAAACGCUGAAGCACUGAGAAAACGAGUGUCUUAUUCGCAACUUGACUGAAUUAAUAAAAUGGCUGAAACAAGCAUGAAUGGUACCAUUUCACUCGAAAUGAUAGCUAAAAUAUAAUAGUAUUUUGUUGUUGUUGUUCUUAUUGUGUUUGUCGUUAUUGUUGAUGAUGCUGCUGUUGUUAUUGUUGAUGAUGUUGUUGUUGUUAUUAUUGUUGAUGUUGUUGUUGUUGCAGUUGUUGUUGUUGACGAUGUUGUUGUUGUUACGCUAUUAUUGAAAGUGUUUUUCAAGUGAAAUCUUUAAUGUAUAGAAUAAUAGUCUUGAGAGUUAAACAAUAAAAWAAUAAAUCACU